AUGGCUACUACUGGUGAAGCAUCGUGUAGCAAUGUCCAAAGCAGAGUUUCAGUUGCACGUAGGAGUUAUCAGGUCGUCAUAGCAGCGACAAGAGACAUGGGUCUUGGUAUGAAUAUGAAACUUCCUUGGGAUUUACCCUUAGAAUAUAGAUUUUUCCAAGAUGUGACCACCAAGACAUCCGAUCCUAAGAAGAGGAAUGCAACUAUAAUGGGAAGAAAAUCAUGGGAAGCUACUCCUCUUGAGAUCCGUCCUCUUCCUGGUCGGCUCAACAUUGUUCUGUCAAAAUCUUGCUGUCUCAACAUUGACAUGAUUGAUGAGAAUGUAUUGGUGUGUAGUAGCAUGGAAUCGGCUCUUGAGCUUUUAGCCACCAAGCCUUAUUAUUUUUCCAUUGAGAAGGUCUUUGUCAUAGGAGGCGGCGACUUGUUAAGGGACUAUAUGAAUGCACCAAGCUGUGAUGCGAUCCAUCUAACCGAAGUUGAUAUAAGCGUGCCAUGCGACACGUUUGCACCUAGAGUGGACACUUGUUUAUACCGUCCAUGGUACUCGUCAUUUCCUAUUAUGGAAAAUGGAACUCGGUAUAGUUUCAACACUUACGUCAGAAGAAAAGAUCCUGUUGUUGGUGUUGUUGGGACAGAGGACUACUGGUUCUUGCCUAAGAUGGUUUUCGAGAGGCAUGAGGAGUUUGGUUACUUGAAUCUUGCUCAAAACGUUAUAUCUAAUGGGGAAAUGAGUGACAAUGGAACUACUCUUUCUAAAUUUGGCUGUCAGAUGCGAUUCAAUCUGCGCAAGACUUUCCCGCUUCUCACAACCAAGAAAGUAUUAUGGGAAUGCGUUGUAGAGGAAAUCCUAGAGUUCAUCAAGGAAAAAGGCACCAAUCAUAUAUGGGAAAGCGAUGAGGCUAAAGAGUAUCUUGACAGCCAAGAAUUGAGCAAGCUCUCUCAUGUUAUAAACAAGAUAAAGAACAAUCCGAUCAUGUUUCCGCCUUGUAAUCCCUUUGAUCUCAAUUUAUCCGUAUCUCCUUGUCAGACACUUGCACAGUUCUAUGUGGCAGAUAGUGAACUUUCCUGUCAAAUCUACCAAAGCUCAACCGAAGCGAGUCUCGAGAUUCCUUACAGUAUCGCUGCAUACUCUCUCUUGACAUGCAUCGUCGCUCAUGUUUGCGGUCUUGUUGCUGGUGACUUCAUCCAUGUGAUCGGAGAAGCCUAUGUUAAUAAAGCUGACGUAGAAACUAUACAAAAACAGCUCCAAAUCUCCCCAAAACCCUUCCCGAUUUUGAAAUUACACCCCGAGAAAACAAAGAUUGAAAGCUUUGAGGCCUCUGAUUUGGAACUCCUGCAGAUAUGA